AAAACAAAAGAAGGAUAACUGGAUAAGGCAAUGAGGAAAACCACCAGUUUUGGACUAUUGGUUCAGUACCAGUACCACCAUAGCAGCUAGCCACAAUGCAACAAACCAAGAGAGUUUCCUUUUUCUUUUUCCUUUUCUUUUUUCUCAUCAAUAUGCAACAGAGAAUCAUGAAAGCUGCAACUGCAAACCCACUCCCAACCUGGCACGUGCGGAGUUUGUUACACGACACGUGCGAUGAUCAUCCAAGUGAACCCGAAUCCUCUUCUACAUUUCCACCACUCCGAACCCGCCAAAACCGUUUCAUUACAAAUACGCGAGAAAUCUCACGGCGGAGCAGAGCUCAACCUCGCCGCAAAACUCUUACUACAAUGGGAGAAAGAGAAGCCAUCAUCGAAGCUCAGAGCAUGUUCCGAUCAGAGUUUCUGCAAGUUCUCCGUAGUCGGAGAACCACUCAAGUUCCGCUAACCGUCGAACUCGGAAAACCAGUGGAGAAUCCUUCGAUUAACAGUUCUCCUCCAUCGCAGGAAGAGGUUGAGAUUCUGGAGUCUUGUCCAAAGGCAGAUAUAGAGAACCUCGAAGAUUUGCUCAUGGAAGAGAAUCUGUACUUGAAUAUAGAGGAAGGAGAUCAAGGACGGUUGCCUCUGUUGAUUCUGAGUUUGAAGGAAAAGGAGAAGCCGAGACGAAGAAGGCCUGUGGUUGUUUUCCUUCACAGUACAAACAAAUACAAAGAAUCUUUGCGUCCGUUGCUUGAGGCGUACGCUUCGCGAGGGUAUGUAGCAGUAUCCGUUGAUUCUCGAUAUCAUGGUGAACGUGCCAGAAGCAAUACCACCUAUCGUGAUGCUCUUAUUUCUGCUUGGAAAACUGGUGAGACAAUGCCAUUCAUAUUUGACACGGUGUGGGACCUAAUUAAACUGGCAGAUUAUCUAACACAAAGAAAGGAUAUAUACCCUUCUAGGAUAGGAAUCACUGGAAUAUCACUUGGAGGAAUGCAUGCAUGGUUUGCUGCAGCAGCGGAUGUUCGCUAUGCUGUGGUUGCUCCUGUGAUUGGUGUUCAGGGGUUUCGAUGGGCUAUAGACAACGAUAAGUGGCAGGCUCGAGUUAACAGUAUAAAGCCUGUUUUUGAGGUGGCUCGUGAUGAUUUGGGUAAAGCUGAUAUCGACAAAGAAGUGGUGGAGAAGGUGUGGGACAAGAUAGCUCCUGGUUUAGCUUCCCAGUUUGAUUCCCCCUACUCAGUUCCACCUAUUGCACCACGUCCCCUGCUUAUUCUUAAUGGUGCAGAAGAUCCUCGGUGUCCCCUUGGAGGCUUGGAAAUUCCAAGGUCAAAAGCAAGCCAGGCAUAUGGAGAGUUUCACAGUUCAGAUAAUUUUAAGUUUAUUGCAGAACCUGGAAUUGGACACCAAUUGACAAAAUUCCAGGUGAAAGAAUCAUCUGAUUGGUUUGACAGAUUUCUGAAGCCUAAACAUAUUAACAAGGGUGCGUUAUAAAAGUCCUAAGUGAUUGUAAAGUUGUAAACAAACUUUCUCUGGCUCGUUCCAGUUGCUUUGCCUAGUUGAUAGUUGUAUACUUGUAUUUGUGUCAUGUCAUGAAUAAAGCAAUUUGCUUUUAACAAAAAAAAAAGGCAAUUGCUUUACUUGUUGAAUGUAGUUAUGAACCCAGUAGAGUGUAAUCUAAGAUAUGCUACAAAAUAAAGAACCAUAGUUCUAUGCAAGUCUGACAUCUAUUUAUUCGAAGGAGGCAUGAUUCUUAUCUGCCUUGGAUA